AUGCCUAUGCUUCGCGAGCCAUGGAAGAAAUACCGCAAGUUCAAGCCUCUUGACUUGCCUCACCGACAGUGGCCCUCGAGGACCAACGACAAGCCCCCUCGGUGGCUGGCCACCGACUUGCGAGAUGGAAACCAAAGUCUUGUCGAUCCUAUGGACGGCGAACAAAAACUCCGCUUCUUCAAGAUGCUGGUUGAAUUGGGUUAUAAGGAAAUCGAGGUGUCCUUCCCUUCCGCCUCGCAGACCGACUACGAUUUUACGAGAUACCUAGUUGAUACUCCCGGCGUGGUGCCCGACGACGUUUGGCUGCAGGUCCUGUCGCCCUGCCGAGAGGACUUCAUCCGCCGGACUGUCGAGUCCCUAAGAGGAGCGAAAAAGGCCAUUUUACAUUUAUACCUCGCUACCAGCGAAUGCUUUCGCAGGAUUGUCUUUGGCAUGACUGAAGAGGAGACCCUCGCCCUGGCUGUCAAGUGCACCAAGUUUGCUCGAUCCAUCACCAAGGAUGACCCCAGUCACGCGGGAACGGAAUGGCUCUACGAAUUCAGCCCCGAAACUUUCUCCGAUACAUCACCCGAGUUCGCAGUGCGAGUCUGUGAGGCGGUAAAAGAGGCAUGGGGCCCGACCGAAGACAGCAAAUUGAUUUUUAAUCUCCCCGCCACGGUGGAAAUGGCCACGCCCAAUAUAUUUGCGGACCAGGUCGAAUACUUCUGCACGCACAUGACCGAGCGCGAGAGAUUUUGUGUCUCGGUGCACCCCCACAAUGAUCGGGGCUGUGCUGUAGCAGCAGCAGAAUUGGCCCAGAUGGCGGGCGCUGAUAGAGUCGAAGGCACUCUGUUCGGCAAUGGAGAACGGACCGGUAACGUUGAUCUCGUGACCUUGGCGCUCAACUUAUAUACCCAAGGUAUCUGGCCCAACAUCGAUUUCAGCGACAUCAACAAAGUCAUUCGGGUUUGCGAAGAAUCGACAAAGAUACCAGUCAAUGAGAGGUGGCCGUACGGUGGCCAGUUGGUGGUCUGUGCCUUCAGCGGCUCACACCAAGAUGCCAUCAAAAAGGGGUUCCAACUUCGGAAGAAGGAAGGUCGCGGCCCAGAAGAUCCGUGGGAACUGCCCUACCUGCCACUCGAUCCUCAGGAUAUUGGUCGUACAUACGAAGCAGUCAUCCGAGUCAACUCACAGUCUGGUAAAGGAGGGGUCGCCUGGAUUAUCCAACGCAGUCUUGAGCUCGAUUUGCCCCGGGGGUUACAAAUCGCGUUCAGCAGGAUCGUCCAAAAAGAAGCCGAUGCAAAGGGACGAGAGCUGCUUCCUCGAGAAAUCCAGGCUCUCUUUGAGGAGUCGUAUCAUCUCAAGAAGAAUCCCAGAUUCACUCUCAUUGACUACAACAUCACCGCCGUGCGAACACCGUCACCAGCUCCUCAGAUGAAGAUCUCGGCCGGUCAGCCACCCCAAACAACGGCGCCGGCUCAAAAUACCUCGACAGCGAAACGACAAUUUGCAGGUAUCAUCGCCAUUGAUGGUGUUCAACAUCCGAUCGUGGGAGUGGGCAACGGUGCUAUCUCCUCUCUGGCCAACGCUUUACAUUCCUUGGGGAUCGACCUCGACGUGGCAGACUACAAGGAACACGCCAUUGGUGAAGGAAGGGAAGUGAAAGCUGCCACGUAUAUAGAGUGUACGGCCAGCAGUUCCAACGAAAAAGUCUGGGGAGUGGGUAUACAUGAGGAUGUGGUCCAGGCAUCCUUGAUCGCGCUGUUGAGUGCGGCGAGCUCGUUCUUGACCUCACGAGUUUCUACCCCAGUCCCAUUCAAACCGAAGCACCUGAGACAGUUUUCUGAAGCGGAACUCGAGGCUUUGGAGCGUUUAAACCUGAACAAUGGCCCUGACAGCCCUCAGAGCCCGUUGAGAUCGUCCAUGAAUACAGCAACAGAUGGAGGCGUCACACCGUCGAAGCUGAACAUGGAGAUGAAUCCGGGCAGUGUUGCGGCAAACAAGAUUAACAUUAACCUGUUGGAACAGAAGGCGGCGGCUGUCAAUGGGCACGUGGAACUGUCAUAG